GCCAUUUCCGGUUUCGGGGAGGUGGGUGGGGUGCGGAGCGGGACUGGAGCGGCCGCCGCCUGGGCCGCCGCCUACAGAGCCUUCCUUGCGCCUGGUGCUGCCGGGACGAUGCGGCCGGAACCCGGAGGCUGCUGCUGCCGCCGCCCGCUGCGGGCGAACGGCUGCGUGGCGAACGGGGAAGUGCGGAAUGGGUACGUGAGGAGCAGCGCCGCAGCCGCCGCAGCCGCCGCCGGCCAGAUCCAUCAUGUUACACAAAAUGGAGGACUUUACAAAAGACCAUUUAAUGAAGCUUUUGAAGAAACACCAAUGCUGGUUGCUGUGCUUACUUAUGUGGGAUAUGGUGUACUCACUCUCUUUGGAUAUCUUCGAGAUUUCUUGAGGUAUUGGAGAAUUGAAAAGUGUCAUCAUGCAACAGAAAGAAAAGAACAACAGGACUUUGUGUCAUUGUAUCAGGAUUUCGAAAACUUCUAUACAAGGAACCUCUACAUGAGGAUUAGAGACAACUGGAACCGGCCGAUCUGCAGUGUGCCCGGAGCCAGGGUGGACAUCAUGGAGAGGCAGUCUCAUGAUUACAACUGGUCCUUCAAGUACACAGGGAAUAUAAUUAAAGGCGUUAUAAACAUGGGUUCCUACAACUAUCUCGGCUUUGCACGGAAUACAGGAUCAUGUCAAGAAGCAGCUGCCAAAGUCCUAGAGGAGUAUGGAGUCGGAGUAUGUAGCACUCGGCAGGAAAUCGGAAACCUGGACAAGCAUGAAGAGCUAGAAAAGCUUGUGGCGAGUUUCUUGGGAGUAGAAGCGGCUAUGGCAUAUGGCAUGGGAUUUGCGACAAAUUCAAUGAACAUUCCUGCUCUUGUUGGCAAAGGUUGCCUGAUUCUGAGUGAUGAGCUGAACCAUGCAUCGCUGGUUCUAGGAGCCAGACUCUCAGGAGCAACCAUUCGAAUCUUCAAACACAACAAUAUGCAAAGCCUAGAGAAGCUGUUGAAAGAUGCCAUUGUUUAUGGUCAGCCUCGGACACGAAGGCCCUGGAAGAAAAUUCUAAUCCUUGUGGAGGGAAUAUAUAGCAUGGAGGGAUCUAUUGUUCGCCUUCCUGAAGUGAUUGCUCUUAAGAAGAAAUACAAGGCAUACUUGUACCUGGAUGAAGCUCACAGCAUUGGGGCCCUGGGCCCUACAGGCCGAGGUGUGGUGGAUUACUUUGGCCUGGAUCCUCAGGAUGUGGAUGUUAUGAUGGGGACGUUCACGAAGAGCUUUGGGGCUUCUGGAGGCUACAUCGGGGGGAAGAAGGAGCUGAUAGACUAUCUGCGGACACAUUCUCACAGUGCCGUGUAUGCCACGUCACUGUCGCCACCGGUCGUGGAACAGAUCGUCACCUCUAUGAAGUGCAUCAUGGGGCAGGACGGCACGACCCUUGGCAAAGAGUGUAUCCAGCAGUUAGCUGAAAACACGAGGUAUUUCAGGAGACGGCUGAAAGAGAUGGGCUUCAUCAUCUAUGGGAAUGAAGACUCUCCAGUUGUGCCUUUGAUGCUCUAUAUGCCGGCCAAAAUUGGCGCCUUUGGACGGGAGAUGCUGAAGCGGAAUAUCGGCGUAGUUGUGGUGGGAUUUCCUGCUACUCCAAUUAUUGAGUCCAGAGCCAGGUUUUGCCUGUCCGCAGCUCAUACCAAAGAAAUACUUGACACUGCGCUCAAGGAGAUAGAUGAAGUUGGGGACCUGUUGCAGCUCAAGUAUUCCCGUCAUCGGUUGGUGCCUCUACUGGACAGGCCCUUUGAUGAGACAACCUAUGAAGAAACAGAAGACUGAGCCUUUUUGGUGCUCCCUUGGAGGAACUCUCCCUCACCCAGGACAGUGUAUGGCCUUUCUGAGCCAGUUCCAGGAACCAUACUUCUGUGGCCAUCUCACGCAAAAGACAUUUCUAAAUGGCAUUUUGUAAAUAGUAAAAAACUGCUUCACAUUCUUCCUUUGCUACAUUUCACCUUUAAAAAAUAGAGGUGACCCACUCUACUUUUUUGUCCAUUAAAAAUGUUUUAUUUUAUAACUCUCCUUCUUAUGAAAUCACGCUGACCCUAGCUUGGCCCUGGCUAACCACACCGACCGUUAGCCUCUCCUUGCCACCUGCAGACUCGGCCCACCCACAGCUCCCGCUGGCCCCACCAUCGCAGCCUCCAGACUCACCCAGCCCUCCUCCCCGGGGAGCAAGUGCCUUCCACUUACUUCCAGUCCAGGUCUCAGAGGCUGCCAACCUUGAAAUCCUUAGGAAACCAGUCAAGUAUUCAACCAAAGUGUUCUCCCUUUUGUCCGAAGUUGAGCUGUUUAAGGAAAACCGUGAACACUAGCAUUGCUAAAAACCGCCCCUUGUGAACUCCCCCUGGCCAGGAGCCUCCCAAGGUGUCGUCUUGUUCUGGUCACCGGGUGAUUUCUUCUUUCACCAUCAGAUAUUGAUAAUGGUCACUGUCUGAGACGUGUGUCCGGUUUCUGGGUUCUUCUAAGCUCUAAACUAACCUGCUAUCUAAAAUGCUGGAAUUGUUCAGAAAGCACCCACAUCCAGGGUCCACCCUGGCCUGACAGACCCUUGUGGUGAGGCCGCCUCCCCCCUCCCUGUGUCUUCUGUGCACACAGCUGCUCAGCCAGCAGGGGGCGAGGGCCGAAGGGACAGAGCUGGGGGACAGAGCUGGCAAACGUCUGUGCUUGCUUCCUACUCUGCUUUCGACUCUUCAGAACUGUGCCUCUGCCUGGGUCUGGGUCCAGAUCAGGAUUUAAACUUAUAAAGGAAAAUGUUGGUAAAUCCCCUGCUCAGAAAUCAUUUGUCAUGUUCCUGUUUAAGGAUUAAAGUUAUUAACUUGCCCGUUUUAGAAGCUGACCUAUUUAAACGUUACUUUUCUGAGUGCUAGUUCUCCUUUACUCUUGAUGUCCUAAGACAAUUCUAAUCUGGCAUCUGGGGUUUAGGGUCUCUCUUUUUUUUUUUCUCCCCCCACCCCCACCCCGAGAAAUUCUGAACAUUAUCUCUUUGCUAAACUGGGAUCCUCUAUUUUGACUCUUUCCAUACUAGGUGAGGGGACUAGUUUCAGAGAGCUUUAUAAAACUGCUUGACCAAAGAACAAAUCUGAAAACCACCAUGUUAAAGCUCUUCCUUUUUUCUGUUGACCAAAGCCUAAGUGAAGAGAACUUUUGACAUUAUUACGCCCACGACCAGACCAGCUUGUCUUCUAGUCGCCAUCGGAGUAGUACGGGGAAGACUUGGAAACAGCAUGGAAGAGCCCUGUGUAAAAAUAGCUUUGCACGUCUCUCUUUUUGGAAUCCCUCCUUGGGUUGGUAGAGAUUCUCCUGUGCUCCUUGUCUUCAGCUGCAGCGCUUGUUCCGACACAUGAGGUGGAGAUGGGGAGCCACGGGACGGUCGGUGAGGGUUUGCUUUUCUGUCUUAAGUUCUCUUCAGUCACUCUCAGCAUCUGAGAGCCUUCGGCCUUUAAAAUAUUCCAAGGUUCUGUUUUACCUUUUUAAAGGCUAGAAAAGGGUGAAUCAAAGAACCAAAUAGAAAUGCAGGGCCUGUAUUUAGCAUGGACAAACUGAAGUAAAAAAAAAAAGACAUUGUGGUAACUAAGUCACUAGCCCUGUAGAAUAAGAUACAUCGCUAACCUCCGCAUCUCAUUCCUCACCGUAGAACCCUACUAGAACACCAGAUAGCUUUUGCAAUGCAGUCACUUACCAAAUGGUGUAGGGUUUGCAAAAGUCCCAAAGUUCAAGCAAUGAACUUCACCUUGCUACUCUUUUUACUUCGGCUUGCAUGGAGUCACUGCAAUUUCAAAUGUCAAUAUGGGCAUUGAAAUACAUCAUAAAUAUAUAUGUGUAUGUAUGUAUAUAUACAUAUAUAUGACAUAUAUUUGCUGGUGCAAAGUUAUGUCAGAAUAAAUGUAGUUAAGUUACAAGUUUAUUUUGAAGAGACAAAACUGUGAUCCACACGGGUUCUCUGCUUUUUGGAGGACAAAAUGCUCUACAUGCUGGUUGUCUCUCAGAAACUGUGGUAUAGGGUCCAGUCAUAUCAUAGGCAUCAUGCAGGUGUAUAUAAAUACAGUCACUGGGAAUGAGUGGACCUAAGUAUUGUGUCGUGCGUGGUUGAAGGUCGCCUGGGUCAUGAGUUGGAUGGGACGCACACAGGUGUCAGCUCAAGUCACCACCAAAGCGGGUAGUUGGAGUCAGUCAGUAGAGAUGUGACUAAUCCUUACCACUUUUCCUCAUCCCUCUUUCUAUUUAGCAUUGCCUUUAUCCAUUUCCGGCUUAUAAGAGCUUUUUCAGCAGAUCACAUCAGAAACCAGAAACUUCUAACUAGGAGACAUCAGAAUCACAAAGAAUGGAUCAAGAGGCAGUGGCAGACUCUCCUCCCACAUUUAUUUGAAAAGUUUAACCCUAAAAUAUGGCAUUCAGUCUACAGUAAGUAAAUAGUGAAAGAGUGUGUUCGGGGGCUGGGUCCUUGGAGCACUUUUAACUUUUUGCUUUGCUCUGGAAAAUUUCUUCCCUUUAAAAAUCAUCCUAACCCCCAGAACCCCAAAGUCCUGCUUGCUUGUUUGAAGAACUUGGCAUCUGUCCUAUAGUUACUAUCUUAAACUUUGACGACAGGGUGAGGGCUUCCGAUGGUGAAAACAUGCUUCUUCCUGAAGGAGUCACGGAAGGUGAAGAGAAACGCCCCUGUAAAGGGCUGAGGGUUAUAAGCAAUGAGUCAUGGAACCACUACAUCAAAAGCAAAACUACGGCUGAGGGCUAUGUGUUUGCUAACGCCCUUUCAGAAGCCCAGGGAUGAAAUACUGUGCCAGUGACUUGUCACUGCAUUUGGCCUUUCUUUGUACCUUCCCAUUCUUGAGUUUUAGAAUGUCAACUCUGGAGAACACCUAGAUGGCGGUGCUGUGUUUGGAGGAUCACUGGGUCAGAUACCCUGUCCUGGGACACCCAGCCCUACAUUUCCAGAGGAGUCUAGGAACUUCUUUCUUCCCUACUUGAGGGAACCUGUAUCUAAGUUUGUUAGGACUAGUCCCGUCUAGCUGAGUUUUUUAGUGUUUAAUAUGCUUUGCUUCAUUUCAACUAGUGAAAACCAGGAGGAAGAAUGGCUCACGUGGAGAGAUGUCCUGGCUUCGUAGGGAAGGGGGGAAAGCGAUGCUAUCUACCACUACCGGCCUCUUUCUCCCCCCAACCCUGCUCCCCAUCCAAACUAGUUGUCAUGGAUUGGCAAGCAGCACAGGACCGCUAGUCCGGCCAUAGGCUGUGGAGAAAAAGAAUGUGGAUAGUUCUUAUUUUGUAAGAAUUUGUAGAUACAACUGACUGGCUCUGGGUUCUCUCGUAUGAAGAACAGCUAUGACUAAUCCCCAGAGUGUCUUUCCUUUCCUGGUGUUCGAGGUAAGCCAAGAUGGGCUUUCAUCUCUGCUGGCUGUAAGCCGUGUGGUCAGCAAAGGGGGAAGAGCGUAGGGGCUUUUCCUUCAGAAGGUCUGUCUUCACGAAGAUCAGCACUGCUGAGCCUUUCGCCCAGGUGAACUCGGCAUCGCCCAAGCGGGUCGUGAAGGGGGAGUUACGAAAAUCAAAUGAUUCUUCGUGGCUGUUGAGCAGUUCCUGGCUUAAAUGCAGCCCCAGAACCUAAAGGUCUGCAGCUGCCUGCUUACCACGGAAGCUCAGUGCUCAGCCGGCAGGCAUCUCAUCCAUUAACCAGCUAAUGAAAAUACCUCCCACGUGGAGAGAAAUGUAUCUUAUUCUCUGCACAGCUUUAUCCACGGGAAAUGUAGUGUUUAGGCCCCUACCCUUACCAUGUGCCCAGAUAGCCUAAUUAGGAAAAGGUUGCCCUUUUUGUCAUUUCCAGUGACUUCUGUUCUCCAAGCACCUUGUGCUUUAGGUGGAGUCUUCUGGGGGCGGCGGGGAGUGGGAAGGCAAAGGAGUUAGCUUUCGGACCUACCGAAGUUGUUGAUUCUAGUCUUCUCCAGCCCAGAGGCAUUCUUAGUCGGCCCCUGGGGAGUGGCCUGAUGGGGCAGCCAUGGUCAAGGUCUUGUUUACUAGAGCACCGGAUAGACGGCUCUGAACUGUGACUCUGGUAUGAUGAGUUCUGAUAAACUGACCCUGAAGAACGCAGUGGUUCUGCCACUGCGGUUAGGCGUUUUUGAUGAAGCAAUACCCAAAGCUCCGUCCCUUUGGAGAAGUUGGGAAGCUGAAUGCAAGGUGAGGACAGGAGCAGUCCCCUGAUGUGCCCGGUGUCCUUCCGUGUUGCCAUCUCCGUGGAUGAGUGGAUCCCUCUCAGCCCCAGGAGCCCUGAGUCGGUUCAGAAUCUGCUUCUCCCCACAGUUCUCAGUUUUCUUGUGCGAAGCUCAGCUGGGCACAGGCCUUCUACGGGGGUGUGGGACCUACUCCUGACUGAGGUGGAGUGGUAACUUGUCUUCACCCUUAGCGUUAGGUCCUGUUACCUCAGGGGCGCUAAACCAAUGGUUGGAAUGAUAAAAAGCAUCCUCGGUGGUUCUUUACGGGGUCCUGGUGAGACCACUGUCAGUUCAGCCAGCGUGCCCACACGGUCUUGAUGAUCCCUCUCUGUGUAAAGGUCGCGAAUAUUAAGAGAAGGGGGAAAGAGAAUAAGAAUAGAGAAUUCGCUUAUGGGGAGCUGAGAUCUUCUUUUGUUGGCCUUUAUUUUUCCAUUGACCGAUUUGCCUGUAAACUGGACUUUGGAAGAGGUGCUGUGAAAUCCCUCUCCUUUGCUGUGAUGCUUGUAUAAUCUGAAAAAGUGAGAGGGGCAAAUGUAAAUAAAAAAUUUUAAAUUCUAGUACUGUAUUAAAAUGUCACUCUUCUCUCUCUCUUACCCCGUCUCCCUUUUUUGCUGGAUGAUUUUUUUUUUUUUCUUUUUUUACACCUUGUUGGAUGACUGUGAAGCUCUAAAUGAUGGAUGGGGUUAGGCGUAUCUGUUGGAGAGCACAUGUUAAGAACCGAAGGGGAACUACUUGAGAUGACUUAAGAAUCAUCCCAUGCAAAUAUAUUGUUUUGCCCAAAUAAACUAUUCAGAAAGCGA